UUGUGCUUGGGGGAUUGCACGUGCAUGGGGUAUGCAAGCGCCGAUAUUAGUAAAGGGGCCGAGGGUGAAGGUUGUAUUACGUGGCAUGGGGACAUAAUUGAUACGAGGACGUUUACGGACGGUGGACAAUCUUUUUAUAUACGGGUUGACUCAGAUGAAUUAGCCAAGAACUCAUCAAAGAGGCUACAGAGGUCGCGUACAAAACAAUUUUUGGUCAUUGGGAUGCCAAUGAUUGUAGCAGGGAUUUUCUUGUGUACCUUCAUUUUAUGUUACAUAAGGAAGAAACCAGCCAAACGAGAUGAAGCCGAAGUUGGGUUCAGUUUUACGAAUAGCUUAAAAUCCUUAAAAGGUUCUUUAACAGAGAAGGAUAUUGGCGAAAAUACUGAUUUGCACGUGUUUGAUUUGAGCACAAUAACAAUAGCAACCGAUAGUUUUUCUCAUUCAAAUAGGCUCGGAGAAGGUGGCUUCGGCACCGUUUAUAAGGGUAAGUUACUAAAUGGGCAAGAAGUUGCCGUCAAAAGAUUAUCACAAAGUUCAGGUCAAGGGAUGCAAGAAUUCAAGAACGAAGUAACUUUGAUCGCGAAACUUCAACACAGGAACCUCGUCCGACUUUUGGGAUAUUGUUUUCAUAAGAAAGAAAAGAUGUUAGUUUACGAAUACUUACCGAACAAAGGCUUGGAUUCUUUCAUCUUUGAUCAUGAGAAGGCGAUUUUGUUAGACUGGAAGAAACGAUUCCAAAUCAUUAAUGGAAUUGUUCGUGGACUGCUAUAUCUUCAUCACGAUUCUAGGUUGAGGAUCAUCCACAGGGAUCUAAAAGCAAGCAAUGUGCUGCUAGAUACAAGUUUAAACCCUAAAAUUUCAGAUUUUGGAAUGGCAAAAAUAUUUGGAGGGGAUGAAGAUGAAGCUAAAACACGUAGAGUUGUCGGAACAUACGGCUAUAUGUCUCCAGAGUAUGCAAUGCAAGGCCUUUUCUCAUUAAAAUCGGAUGUUUUUAGCUUUGGAAUCCUAGUUCUUGAGAUAAUUAGUGGUAGGAAAAACAACAGCUACUCUAACGAGAGCUCGGUUAACCUGAUCGGGCAUGUUUGGGACUUAUGGAAACAAGAAAAACCAUUGAUGGUAGUUGACUCAUCUUUAGGAGAUACAUUUGAUGCACAUGAAGUUCUUUUGUGCAUCCAUGUUGGGCUCUUGUGUGUUCAAGAAUUGGCUGCUGACCGACCUACAAUGACUGACGUAGCUUUUAUGUUGAGUAAUCAUGAAACAAUGCUUCCUCCUCCUAACCAACCAGCAUUCAUCUUUAGACAACUGAAGUAUGGUAGGGACUGUGAUGUUGGCUCUGUCUAUGAUGAAACCAUCACUAUCCUUCAAGCUCGGUAGUUUCAUGAUGUCUCAUAACUAAUCUCUUGAACUAAACACCAUUAAAACCAAUUGCCACACAAAACGAUUAGGCCCUUUCACACUUGCUUGAAUAUCAUGAAAGAAAUUGUUAGUAGAAUUUUCAAUGGUUAUAACAAUGUGUAUGUAUGGUUAUAGCUUAUUUUAGAUUAAUGCAUCAUUGAUCAAAGAGUGUCAUGAGGUGAACA